GCUUAGUCUCAAUAUGAUCGUUAGCUUCAAAAAUUGUAGUCAUAUCUGUAAACUGAAAUUUGUUGUUAAAGCUAUACUUUAAUUCGAGUGGCGGGCACACAUAGGGAAUCGAUUGCCCGCAAUGGAGAAGCUGUGCGAUAACGAGGCGCGCGAGACCUUUGUGGGCGACUACAAGCUGAUGGGCCAGUUUGAUAGCGGCUCCUUUGGGGACAUCUAUUUGGCCACAUCUCUGUACACUGGCGAGCGUGUGGCCAUCAAAAUGGAGAAGGCUGGUAUCCAGCAUCCGCAGCUGGCCUAUGAGUAUCGCGUCUACAAGGCAAUACGUCCGGCUCUGGGCCUGCCGCACAUCCAUUAUUUCUGCGAAGAGGACGACUACUGUGCCCUGGUCAUGGAGCUGCUGGGGCCAUCGCUGAACUAUUUGUUUGAGUUCUGCAGCCGGGCCUUUACCAUGAAGACGGUGCUGAUGGUGGCGGACGAGAUGCUGCUGCGCCUGGAGCAGGUGCACGGGCGUGGCUUCGUCCAUCGGGACAUAAAGCCGGAUAACUUUCUGAUUGGUCGCGACCUCACCUGCAAACGCCUGCAUCUGAUUGACUUUGGGCUGUCCAAGAAGUACUGGGAUCCCAUUACCCAUGUCCAUAUACCCUAUCGCGAGAAUAGCAGCCUGACGGGCACCGCACGGUUUGCGUCCGUCUCCUCGCACGAGGGCUUGGAGCAGUCGCGUCGCGAUGAUCUCAUCUCCGUUGGCUAUGUGCUCAUCUAUUUUCUGCGCGGCAGCCUGCCCUGGCAGGGCAUAAAGGCCACCACAAAGAAUCAGAAAUAUGAGCGCAUCUACGAGAUGAAGCGUUCCAUUAGCAACGAGAUCCUCUGCCAGGGAUAUCCCAGCGAGUUCACCAUGUACCUCAACUACUGCCACAAGCUGGGCUUCGAUGCCAAGCCCGACUAUAACAAGCUGCGCAAGAUGUUCCGCCAGCUGAGUAUCAAGCUGUACAUUAAAAAGGACCAGAUCUAUGACUGGGAAAGGCUCACCCUUAACUACCAUCGCAACCAGGCCAAUCCCGGCACAGGCAAGCGCGUCCCGGCAGUCAAAUGUCAGCCAGAUGAUGGCCUCAGCGGUUAUCCCAUUGUACGCAAUGAGAAGUGCAAUUAUUGGCCAUAGCGAACUAGUUCCAAAACGGAACUAGCUGAAUGGAAAACGGAGUACAGAAACUAGCAAAUCGUUAACAAGAACGAAACUCCCAAAGAAGGCCUUAAGACGAGCCUUGAGGAGUUGAUCUGGUUCCCUUAUAUUCUUGGGUUUGAAUAUAAAACGUAGAUUGCAAUCGGUGUAUGUACGAAAAUACUCUGUGAUAAUUUACUCCAAAUUUCAUAAAUAAAUAGUAAAUUUUUAACGUA